GUCUGAACAUAUCGUUAAACACUUGAAAUCCAAAUUGAACCGAAAUGAAUACAAUUUGUUUACAUCUACUUCUUUCUCAAGAAAAGAACAACCGAAAAAAAAAAAAAAUCAUAGCAGGAGAAACACUAGCUGAACACAGUCGGCCACCGCGAAGCAAAGAACCAUGGCUGGGUCCUCCACCUCCGUCGCCCGCUCCUGGUCGUCGGCGCUAGAUGGAAAGUCCGAUGAAGAGAAAGAGGAGCUUCUGGACAGAAUGUUGACCCGAUUGGCACUAUGCGACGACUCCAAGCUUCAGGACUUGCUCGCAAGGAUUCUCCCUCUCUCCAUUGCCGCCCUCGCGGCUGCCUCCACCUCUCUACGAAAUAAAGUUAUUGAAAUCCUGAGUCAUGUGAACAAGAGAGUGAAACACCAACAAGCAAUUGGUCUGCCUUUAUCUGACCUAUGGCAAUUGUACAUAGAAUCUGGUUCUGCUCCUAUGGUUAGGAACUUCUGCAUCGUAUACAUUGAGAUGGCGAUUGAUCGAGUGCAUGAAGAGGAGAAACAAGUAUUAGCUCCCGUCUUUCUAGCCAACAUUUCGAAGAUCCCUCCUCAACAUCAAGAUAUAUUACUCAGAAUUGUAUUAAAGGUAAUUGGUGAGUGCCAUGCAUCUCAAGUUAGAAAUGAAGUGCUGGAAAAGUAUAAGCAAUUAGUUGGUUCUAAAGACUGCGAGAUAUUUCUGGAAUUUUGUCUUCAUGCAAUUUUGUAUCAGCCAUCCUCCUCUCAGAGUGGAAGACCCCCAGCUGGGCUUUCAAAUAUUCAAACUGAACGUGUUACUGGAAAACAUGCAGUGAGCGGUGAUGUGUUACGCAACAGAAAGUCCGGCAUAUUGAACAUCAUUGAAGCUUUGGAGCUUCCUCCUGAAUCUGUUCAUCCCAUUUAUAUUGCUGCUUGUGCUGACAGUCAUGAUUCUGUUCUCAAAAAGGGGGAGGAGCUCUUGAAGAAGAAUACAUCUCGUGUGGAUUUAGAGGAUCAGACACUGAUUGGCAGACUAUUUCUAUUAUUUAAUGGAACUGCUGGCUCUGAAAGCGUUACUCCAGAACUAAAAGUUAAUCCUGGAAGUUUAACUCUGAGAAUGAGGCUGAUGUCCAUUUUCUCCCGAUCGAUUACUGCGGCAAACAGUUUCCCAUCAACUUUGCAGUGCAUUUUUGGGUGCAUAUUUGGAGUUGAUGCUACCUCCAGGUUGAAGCAGUUGGGGAUGGAAUUUACAGUUUGGGUCUUUAAACAUGCAAAAAUGGAACAAUUGAAGCUUAUGGGCCCUGUUAUACUUACUGGAAUUUUAAAAACGCUUGAUAAUUUCUCCUCGCAGGAUUCAGAUGCCAUAGCUAGGGAGACUAGAAGCUUCUGUUUUCAAGCAAUUGGGUUGCUUGCACAACGCAUGCCACAACUCUUUAGGGCUAAAACUGAUGUUGCUGUUCGACUCUUUGAUGCACUGAAGCUUGAGGGGCAGCAUCUCCGCCUUAUUGUUCAAGAAGCGACAAAUUCUCUUGCUGUUGCUUAUAAGGAUGCCCCCAAACAGGUGUUAAAGGAUGUGGAGUUGAUUCUCUUACAAAACUCUCAAGUGGAACAAAGUGAAGUACGCUUUUGUGCUUUGAGAUGGGCAACUUCCUUGUUUGAUAUGAGACAUUGUCCGAGCAGGUUUAUCUGUAUGCUUGGAGCAGCAGAUUCAAAAUUGGAUAUAAGGGAGAUGGCGUUGGAAGGUUUGUUUCCUGGUGAAGAUCAGGGCAGGGCUCUGUCCCGAAGUUCUUCUCCCGAGUACCCUAAACUCUCAGAGAUGCUGGCUUAUAUUCUAGAGAAGCAGCCUGCUAUUCUUGAUUUUGGUGGGAUAGGAGAUACAAAUCUUCUUUUCCCGUCUAAGACUUAUGUGGCUAUGAUCAAAUUUUUGUUGAAGUCCUUUGAGACAGAAGUCGCACAAAAUAACAUCGCUGAGAACUCUGAGAUUUUACACUCAGUUGAAAGGUUGUGUUUACUGUUGGAACAUGGUAUGGCAUACGAAGGUUCUGUUGAGUUGCAUGCAUCAGCGUCCAAAUCACUAAUUACUUUGGGAUCUCAAUUUCCGCAGAUGAUCGCCUCUCGCUAUGCCCAAAAAGUUCUAUGGAUUAAACAGUAUCUGACUCAUUUGGACUCUGAUACACGCGAAGCUAUGUCACGUUUACUUGGAAUUGCUUCCUCAGCCCUUCCCAUAUCCUCUUCAUCUGAACUUAUUGGUGAAAUAAUUUCUUCAAUUAGUGGAAUGACAAAAUUGAGAUUUGAAGCACAACAUGGGCUGCUAUGUGUUUUAGGAUAUGUUACAGCAAAUUGUGUGAUGAAUACUCCUCCUAUAUCACAGUCCGUGCUUCAAAGUGUUUUGCAAUGUUUGAUUGCCGUCAUUAAUAAAGAAUCAGCCACAUUAGCCUCCGUGGGAAUGCAAGCCCUGGGUCAUAUUGGAAUCUGCAUUCCACUGCCUCCACUGCUUGUUGAUUCUACUGCAGCCACUUGUACCCUCUUACAUGAGAGAUUGAGCAAGCUGCUCUCUGGUGAUGAUAUCAAAGCAGUCCAAAAAACUGUUAUCGCAUUGGGACACAUGUGUGUUAAAGAAUCAUCUGUUUCACAUCUAAAUGUUGCUCUUGAUUUGAUUUUCAGCCUUUGCCGUUCAAAGGUUGAGGACAUCUUAUUUGCAGCUGGGGAGGCUCUUUCAUUUUUAUGGGGAGGUGUUCCUGUCACUGCUGAUUUGAUACUAAGAACUAAUUAUUCUUCUCUGUCUAUGAGUUCCAACUUUUUAAUGGGAGACACGUCCUCAUCUUUACCUAGGCUACCGUCAAUUGGCCAAAAUGUUGAAGAUUAUCAUGUUACAGUUAGAGAUGCUAUUACCAGGAAACUAUUUGAUGCCCUAUUGUACAGUACAAGAAAAGAGGAGCGUUGUGCUGGGACUGUCUGGUUACUCUCACUUACAAUAUAUUGUGGCCACCAUGCAAGCAUCCAGAAAUUGCUUCCAGACAUCCAGGAAGCGUUCUCACACCUCAUUGGUGAACAAAAUGAACUUACACAAGAGUUGGCAUCUCAAGGCCUCAGUAUUGUUUAUGAACUUGGUGAUGAUGCUACAAAGAAAAGUUUGGUUAAUGCACUUGUUGGUACUCUAACUGGAUCUGGGAAGAGGAAAAGGGCAGUUAAGCUGGUUGAGGAUUCUGAAGUAUUCCAAGAGGGUGCCUUUGGUGAAAGUCCUAGUGGAGGAAAACUGAGCACGUACAAGGAGCUCUGCAGUCUUGCUAAUGAGAUGGGGCAACCUGAUUUAAUUUACAAAUUCAUGGAUUUAGCCAAUUAUCAGGCAUCUCUAAAUUCAAAAAGAGGUGCUGCUUUUGGUUUUUCUAAAAUAGCCAAGCAUGCAGGGGAUGCUCUACAACCUUAUAUCCGUGCAUUGGUUCCAAGACUUGUUCGCUAUCAAUAUGAUCCUGAUAAAAAUGUGCAGGAUGCAAUGGCGCACAUUUGGAAAUCAUUGAUAGCAGAUUCAAAGAAGACCAUUGAUGAACAUUUGGACCUCAUUUUUGAUGAUCUCUUGGUACAAUGUGGAUCUAGGCUUUGGCGCUCCAGAGAGGCGUCAUGCCUUGCCCUUGCCGAUAUACUUCAAGGACGCAAAUUUGGCCAGGUGGAGAAGCAUUUGAAAAGAAUAUGGGUAGCUGCUUUUCGGGCAAUGGAUGACAUAAAGGAAACUGUCAGAAAUGCUGGUGAUAGGUUAUGCCGUGCUGUGGUUUCAUUAAGUGGGAGGUUGUGUGACGUCUCUCUUACCCCAGUUGCAGAGGCAAGACAAACAAUGGCUAUACUUUUGCCUUUGCUGCUAACAGAAGGCAUAAUGAGUAGAGUUGAUAAUAUUCGCAAGACAUCCAUUGGUAUGGUUACGAAGCUUGCUAAGGGUGCAGGAAUUGCAAUUCGUCCAUACUUAGAUGAUCUAGUGUGUUGUAUGUUGGAAAGCCUGUCAAGCCUUGAAGACCAAGGAAUGAAUUAUGUUGAGUUGCAUGCGCAAAAUGUUGGGAUACAGACUGAAAAACUUGAGAACUUGAGAAUUUCAAUUGCCAAAGGAUCUCCAAUGUGGGAAACUCUUGAAUUCUGCAUAGAUGUUAUUGACUCCCAAACACUAGAAAAAUUAGUGCCUCGUCUUGCUCAGCUGAUCCGAUCUGGCAUUGGUUUGAACACCAGGGUUGGUGUAGCAAACUUUAUCAGUUUGCUUGUUCAGAAAGUUGGUGCUGACACCAAGCCAUUCACAAAUAUGCUAUUAAGGCUUUUACUUCAGGUUGUGAAGGAUGAGAAAAGUGCUUCAUCCAAGCGUGCCUUUGCGAACGCAUGUGCAAUGGUUUUGAAGUAUGCAGCUCCAUCACAGGCCCAGAAAUUGAUAGAAGAUACUGCAAAUCUGCAUUCUGGAGAUAAGAAUGAUCAGAUUACAUGUGCCAUCCUAUUGAAAAGCUAUGCUUCCACCGCGGCAGAUACAUUAAAUGGAUAUCAUGCCAUUAUAGUCCCUGUUGUUUUUGUUUCAAGAUUUGAGGAUGAUAAGACAAUAUCUAGUCUUUAUUUGGAAUUAUGGGAGGAAAACAUGAGCAGUGAACGAAUAACUCUUCAACUAUACUUGGGAGAAGUUGUUGUUCUUAUCAAUGAAGGGCUCUUGUCAUCCUCAUGGGCAAAAGUUGUCCUGUGCUGCUGUACCAUUUCUUCUAUUGAUACCUCAGUUACAUAUAUGCUUUUCUGCUAUGUGCAGGCAUCGCAGGCAAUAUGCAAGCUGAGUGAAGUGCUUGGGGAAUCACUAUCUUCACAUCAUAAUGUUUUGCUCACUUCUCUUAUUAAGGAAGUUCCGGGGCGUUUGUGGGAGGGAAAGGAUGCAGUAUUAAAUGCAUUGUCUAGUCUUUGUACCUCGUGCCACGAAGCUAUUUCUGCUUCCAAUCCUGAUGCUCCAAAUGCUAUACUGAACCUUGUAUCAUCAGCAUGCACAAAAAAGGCACAAAAAUAUCGUGAAGCAGCUUUUUGCUGCCUUGAACAGGUUAUCAAAGCAUUCAACAGACCAGAAUUCUUCAAUAUGAUUUUUCCAUCUCUAUUGGAGAUAGGCAAAUCACUUGGUCCUAUGAAAUCCGUUCAAAUAUCUUUGAUAAGUGAUGUUAAAGCAGGUAGCUGGUCUAAGCACAGGUUUCUUGUUGCAGAUACUGACGAGCGUGACAGUGCUCCAGCUGCUUUGCAUGAUAAAGUAUUAAGUUGCAUUACUGCCUGCAUCCAAGUGGCUGACAUUGUAAAAUUGACGGCGUUUUCUUCCAUAAAGGAGCUUAUCUCAGAGUUGAAAAGUAGUAUAAACAGUUCUCAGGAUUGUUCUAUGCAAUCCAAAAUCGGCACUUUUAUUCACGAGUUAUUUUACUCAGUGUCGCCUGAAGUGCUCAAAACUUUUCGUACAAUACAAAUCGGACAGGUCCAUAUAGCGGCAGCUGAGUGCCUCCUGGAAUUAACGAAUCAAUACAGUGCCAUUCCACCAGUCAAUUGGACGGAAUUGGCAUUUACUACUGAGCUUCUUGAUCUGUGCCAAGUGGAAAAAAGUGAACAGGCUAAGUCUUUGUUGAAGAAAUGCAUCGACAUUUUAGCAAAAGCUGAAGGAGAACGCAAGUAAAAUCCCCGUCUAAUUUGACAAUAAGACCUGAUAACAUUUCCCAGAACCGUGUUGCCUCUAACACCAACUUGUGAAAGUUGCUCUUUCAAUAUGUAUACAACCAUCAGUGCCCUGAUAUAUACAGAUGAAUAGCAAUGGAAGAACUUGUUUUUACAGAUAGACACUGUAAGGUUUAACUAGCUUUUGCCGUGUAGUAGUGAAUUGUUAUUAUCUCUAUGCUACGAGUUUCAGACAAAAAUAUUCGCGGAAGAAUCAAUAUUCAUAUUCAUCUCCUUCGAGAAAGUGGUUUUACCUACUUUUUUUUUUUCAUUACUAAACUGGUCUCAGCAAUAAGUAUGGUUAUUGAGCUGUAAAUUGGUUUUACUGUAUGGCUUGCAGUUAUUUUACAUAGGUUGAUUAAAACGCAAUGAGGUUACCUUGGUACACUAUUAAUGCAUUUCGCAACUGUACAGGAUGCAACUAUUACUAAUUCUCGCCUGUUUUGU